AUGACUGAAAAAGGCAAGGUACCAAGGUUGUGGUCGAUGAAGUCUGGCACAGACCUUCCCGGACCGGCCGGCUGGGCCGGUCCUCCGGCUGGCGACUCCGGCCCCGUUCCGCGUCUACAUCGCAGGUCCCGGGCUGUUAAGGCCGCUUUAAUCCGCCCUGGAAAGCCCAGAAGCAUUGAGGAGCGUGUUCGACGUAUCCUGCAUCACACCCCUUUGAUCGACGGACACAACGACCUUGCCAUCUUCAUCAGGGCAGUGCAUAACAACCACAUCUACAAUGAUAGCUUCAGCAAACCGUUCAGCGAGGGCGGCUUCCCGGGACACGUCGACCUGCCGCGUCUUCAAGCCGGCCUGAACGGCGGCGCCUUCUGGAGCGUCUUCUGGCCGUGCCCCCAAAACGGCACCGACUACUCAGACGCGAACUACCACUCCACCGUGCAAGAAACGAUGCGGCAAAUCGACGUCCUCUCACGCCUCCAUCAAGCAUACCCGUCGGUUUUCUCCCCGCCCACCCUCAGCAGCACCGCCGCUCUCCAUCAUUUCCGCCAUCACGGCCGGCUCAUCUCGCCCCUGGGCAUCGAGGGCCUGCACCAGAUCGGCAACUCGGCCGCCGUCCUCCGGCAGUUCUACGCGCUCGGCGUGCGCUACGCGACGCUGACGCACAACUGCGGCAACCGCUUCGCCGACGCCGCGCUGUGGGAGCACCCCUUGCGCAAGGCGCCGCCCGUGUGGGGCGGCGUCAGCCCCGAGGGGAGGAGGCUGGUCCGCGAGAUGAAUCGGCUGGGCAUGAUAGUCGAUCUGUCGCACACGAGCGUCGAUACCAUGCUGGACGUCUUGGGCGCGAGGGAGGAUGCGGGAGAGGGUUCGGGGAGUUGGGAGGGGAGCAGGGCGCCGGUGAUCUUUAGUCAUUCCAGUGCGUAUGCGCUGUGUCCGCACCCGCGGAAUGUGCCGGAUGAGGUGCUGGACUGGGUUGGGAAGAAGGGCGGGCUCGUGAUGGUGAAUUUCAGUCCGGACUUCGUGUCGUGCGUGGAGGCGCCUGAUAGGGGUGACGGGCUGCCGGAGUUUUAUCCGGCAAACUCGACACUGCGGCAGGUGGUGAGGCAUAUCUUGCAUAUCGGGGAGCGGAUUGGGUUCGACCAUGUUGGGCUGGGGAGCGAUUUCGAUGGGAUCCAGGCCACGCCAGAGGGAUUGGAUGAUGUGUCCCAGUUUCCGAGCCUGGUGGCUGAGCUGCUGCGACAAGGAGUGAGCGACGAGGACGCGUCGAAGGUGGUGGGAGGGAAUCUGCUCCGGGUGUGGAGGGAGGUUGAAGUUGUUGCUGAGGAGAUGCAGAAGAGCGGCGAGCCGGUGCUGGAAGACGACCUGCCUGAUCUCUUCUCGGCAGGGCUCCGAAACACGGACCGGGGGCUCUGAUCGGUCCCCGCUCUGCAGCGGCCUGUCAGAAUGUUGGUAUCGAAGUCAUUGCCGAAUACAUCCCACAUAUUGUACAAGG